AAGAAACUGACUCCGCCCCCAAUCGCUCAGCAAGUGCACUGAUGCCAGAGCCGGGAACUCUCGUCUUGAAGUAGAUUACGUUAGUCUACUUCACUAUCUUUGGACUUUGUUUCAACUAACAUUUAAGCUGAACAUUUCAGAUUGGUUUACUGGCGCAUAAAAUCUCCGUUUUUAGUAUAUUUUUAUUGGAAGAAAAUAAUGAAAGGAGCUGGCUAGCAAAUUAUUCUCUUUAGUUUUGAUAAUCUUUUCGAACUUCGCUAUGACAUUAGCUAACUUGCUAGCUUGUUUCAAGGUGUAACGUAGCUAAUGGUGGCUAGCAUUUUCCGACAUUUUUUCAUUGGAAAUGGUAAAAUAGACUCAAACAGACCCUUGGACUUUCUGAAGAAGCUGGCCACUGGCGACCCAUAGCUAUUCGUUUGAUUAUUUUGCCAUCCUGACCCAAGCUCUCAACAGUCAUGAAAAAGGCAUUGCAGUUCAAUGACACUCCAUCUGCCAGCAAUAACCCACGGUCCUGCCAGUCUCCUGGGGUGCAGGAGGAGGAGCCUGGGGGUGACAGAACCCUCAGUGGCCAUGGUCUGUUUUUGGAAGGAGAACAGAACUCUGUGCUGAACCCGCACUGUGGAGAACAGAUGCGGCAGAGCUUAGACAGUGAUUGCUACAGUAGUGAAACCAGGUUAAAGGACAGUGGUGAGACUAGACUUGAUAUCAGCAGUCCAGUGGGCCCUGGCCCACCACGCAAUCCAGAGAGCAGACCAUAUCACGCCAAGAUCCUGCAGCUGUUCUCCACCCCACACAAAGGCAGCUGCUCAGGUGUGGAGAGGCUCCGCCCUGCUACUGCCUGGCCUGCCAUCUCUGGCCUACGUGUCAUGGGCUCCUUCAAGAAGCUACGCUCUUCAAUCCUCCAGGGCAUCCAGAACCGGGCAGCCACUGCAGCGAAUCAGGAGAUGGAGCAUGGGACUGAAGGCAAUCCAGAGACAGGGCACAGCACUCAGGAGGCUGAGUACAGCACAGCAGCCACUCAGCACAAGAGUGAAGAGGGUCAGGGGGUGGUAAAUGGGCUGAGCUUGGGAGAAGAUACGUGGGAUGAAGAGGGUGGUGGGGGGGAGGGCCUGAAUAGGAACAGUCGCUUCUCACGGAGCCUUCGCAUGGCGUAUGAAGACGGCCGCAUCACGCUGCUGCAAGUCGAGGCAGAGCUGAACAGCAGCUCCCCUCUGCAGCUUCCGGCCCCAACAGCUCUCAGCCAGGAGCUCCUGUGCCCCCCGGCCCCCAUCCAGACAACAGCAAAUGCUAUAGCGCGUAGCAGACUGAGCACGAGUGCUGAUAACUUGCAUUUCUUUAGAGGCCCCUUCAGACGGAGGCCACCCUGCCCACAACAUGGAGACCAGCAGGCCAGUGUUGCCCAUGGCAUCAAGAGGACUGCCAGCACCUCAUCUGUGGUCCCCAGAAACCACAGCCCCCUCCACAUCAGGGCUCAGGUGCAGAAGCUGGUGUGCAGUAUGAAUGACCUGUCUGUUCGCCAGCGAUCUGGGCCCGCCCCUGCCCCCAGCCCCUGUUCUGACCGGUCGGCUCUCAGCCGACUACACGAUGACUACUCCCGCCGAGUGCCCUGUUACCAUGACAGCGAGCGUCAGCGCCGCUGUUUGGCAGUCCGGAGUAGAGAAGCUAAUAAGGAGCACAACAUGCCCUUCCUGGAAUCUGAAUCCGCCCCUGGCUCUGACCCCUCCCCCUCAGGCCUCUCCUCUGUCAGCUCCCAGGCCUGUGCAGUGAGUGACAUUCUGCAGGGCUCUGCACCUUUUGAGCCAGGACAAAUAGAGGGAUGGGACUCCCUCCGUCUUCCACAGGGAGUGCUCGACCUUCAGACUGAGGACACAUCUGCAGGGCUGACUCGGGGAACACAGGAGGUGCUAGAAGACAGAUCCUCUGAGCAGGAGCUGGAAGUUGCACAACUAAUAGAGACGCCCGUAUCAGACACGCCUACAUGUGGAGAUGGCACACCCACCUCCAACACCACCAUGAUUGCGGCAGAUGAACCCUCACCAGCAACAUGCACGCCAGUAUUGGACUUGAGCACAUCAGAUGCACUAGUGUGCACUGCAGAUCCGCCCAGCAGGAGAGUAGGGAGAACGAGGCCACGACCCCUGUCUGACUAUGGUCAGUUGGUGGGUAGAAAGAUAUCCAUUCCUGAAGAGGAUGCAGAAUAUCCAAAUGAGGAAGCAAGAAGGGGCCUCCCAGCUGAAUACAAUAGCAAUGGCAUUAGUUUCAGCAAAGAGAACCAUAAUGGAAAAUGUGGCCACAGUUCCAGUCACGAAAAUUGCAAUGGUAAUAGUGAGCUUCGCUGGAGUACAAGCCAAGAGAACCAACACAGGAAGCAACGUCCCAUUUCUGUCAUUGGAGGGGUGGAUUUGUAUUCUUCACCUUCCUCAGAAGAGAAAGAGGAUUUGCCAGAUUCCCGGCCCCCUCUCCCGUCACACCAGGUUCCACCCUACAGAGGGGUGUCUGUUCGACUCCGGCCCUGUACCCUCUCCCAGAGCACUCCUGUCGGCCUAGACCGUCUGGGACAACCCCGCCUCCACAGAAUCCUUAGUGACGGAGGGCCAGGGGGGACUGAGAUGCUGGAUGACAGUGUGAGUGAAGAAGACUGCAGCUUUGAUGAGCUCAGUGAUAUCAUACUUUACCUGCAGCCAGGGGCUGAGCACUCGGCCCUCAAUGAGUGGAUAAGCUCAGGCCAGGUUGUGUAUGCUGAGGCCCUGUGGGAUCAUGUCACGAUGGAAGAGCAGGAGUUGGGCUUCAAAGCCGGAGAUGUUAUCCGUGUCCUUGACGCCUCCAACAAGGACUGGUGGUGGGGUGCAGCAUCUGGCCUACAAGCCUGGUUCCCGUCCAGCUUUGUCAGAGUGCGAGUGAAUCAGGAGGAUGGUGCAGUUUCCAUGGCGCUGGACAGCGUUGAGAAUGUGCAGGCCAAGGAGCCAGUACCGGGGGCCACUCAGGUUCAGAGCACAGAGCACAGGGACCAAAUGAGGGCCAAUGUGGUCAAUGAAAUCAUGAACACAGAGCGCAUCUACAUCAAACACCUGAGGGACAUCUGCGAGGGUUACCUUCGACAGUGCAGGAAACACACAGGUAUGUUCACCCAGCUGCAGAUCAACACCAUCUUCAGCAACAUUGAGGACAUCUACAGAUUCCACCGUAAAUUCCUCAAAAACCUGGAGAGAUACUACAACAAAGAGCAACCUCACCAGAGCCAGAUUGGCUCCUGCUUCCUUUUACAGCAGAGUGAGUUCUCUAUAUACUCAGAGUACUGUAAUAACCACCCACAUGCGUGUGCGGAGCUGCAACGCCUCUUGAAGUUGGGCCGAUACAGACACUUCUUUGAAGCGUGCCGCCUGCUGCAGCAGAUGAUUGACAUCUCCGUCGCUGGAUUCCUGCUUACGCCUGUACAGAAGAUCUGCAAAUAUCCCCUCCAGUUGGGCGAGCUACUGAAGUACACUCCACCAGAGCACAGGGACCACAGCAGUGUCAGUGAUGCAUAUGAGGCGAUGAAGAAGGUGGCAUGCCUUAUCAAUGAGAGGAAAAGGAGGCUGGAGAGUUUAGACACCAUUGCUCAUUGGCAGGAGACCAUACUACGCUGGGAGGGAGAGGGUGUUUUGUGCCGAAGCUCAGACCUGAUCCACUCAGGGGACCUGAGCAGAGUUUUCCCUGAGGGUAAGACACAACAGCGAGUGUUCUUCCUUUUUGACCAUCAGAUGGUCUUCUGCAAGAAGGACGUCCUGCGGCGGGACCUGCUCUUCUAUUGUGGCCGAUUGGACACUGACCGCAUGCAGGUGCUAGACGUGCCUGACGGCCGGGACAGGCAGCUUGGGCUCAGCCUGAAAAAUGCCUUCCGGCUGCAGGACAGAGUUACCCACGAGGAGUAUGUCUUCUGUACCAAAAAAGCGACAGACAAGCGCCGUUGGCUGCAGGCCUUUGCCAACGAGCGCCGCCGGGUCCAGGAAGACCAGGAACUGGGGAUGGAGAUCAGUGAGAGCCAGAGGAGAAGAGCCAUUCUCAGAGCUAGGAAAUCCAAAAAUGGGAAACUGAGGAAUCUAGGUUAUGCUGGCUGUUCAGUGCCUCUCCCUCACCAGCUCCUCCACCCACUCCAUCAGCGCCAUGUCACAGUGCCAACCUGCAUCCCCCAGCAACCGGUUUUCUCACUGGCUGAGCCCAAACGCAAGCCGUCCCACCUGUGGGACACCCUCUUCAGGAAGUGAGAACUCCACCAGCUAACCCUUGUGCUUAACGUCUGCUGGCCCCAAGAGAGUGCCCUGUGAGCAAGAGAGAGGAUGCCUCCCAUGUCAUGCAGCAAUGAUUGAUUUAGGAUUACAACAGAAAACUUCAAAACUCCUCUGAGAUUCUAUACCCUCCCACAUUUUAUAUUGGAUGUUUGUAUAUAAUUGUAUGUGUACCUAUAUACUUACAUAUGUGUGUGUAUGUACAUACAUAUGUGUGUCUAUAAGUUUAUAUGGUAAAAAUCAACAUUUAUAUUUCUUUGACAUGGAACCAACCUGUUGUUUCAGCUGCUUUUUUCCACCACAUCAUUAGUUUGCUCAGCAUUUCAUUUAUAACACAAGUGUAAAUUAUAAUCUAGCUGCUGUACAUGGUCAUGUUAGUGCUGACCAAAAGCUCUGCCCCUGUUACCAUUGGGCCAAAUGGUCAAUCAACACGCCUUAGGAGCCAGUAUAUUUGAAUAACAUCUUAAACAAAAAUAUCAGUCAUUGUUUAUUAGAAUAAAUUUUUUUACUGAUAAAA